AUGGAACCACAGAACACCACAUGGGUGUCAGAGUUUGUUCUUCUAGGGUUCUCACAGACCCAAGGGUUCCAGAAAUUUCUGUUCCUAGUGUUCCUGCUUGUCUACAUCAUCACGGUGGUGGGAAACCUCCUCAUCAUGGUGACAGUGACACUGGACCCGCGCCUCCAUAUGCCUAUGUACUUCCUGCUCCGAAACCUGGCAGUCAUAGACCUCUCUUAUUCCACAGUCACCUGCCCAAAGAUGCUGGUAGACUUCUUUCAUGAGACCAAGACUAUCUCCUACCAGGGCUGCAUGGUCCAAAUCUUCUUCUUCCACCUCUUGGGAGGAGGGACUGUCUUCUUUCUCUCAGUGAUGGCCUAUGACCGCUACGUAGCCAUCUCUAGGCCCCUCCACUACAUCACCAUCAUGAACACGCGACUGUGCGUGGGGCUGAUCAUGGCUGCCUGGAUAGGGGGCUUUGUCCAUUCCAUUGUCCAGCUGGCACUCAUGCUCCCAUUGCCCUAUUGUGGCCCCAAUGUCCUAGAUAAUUUCUACUGUGAUGUUCCCCAGGUGCUGAGACUCGCCUGCACGGACACCUCCCUCUUAGAGUUGCUCAUGAUCUCCAACAGUGGGAUGCUGGUUUUCAUCUGGUUCCUCCUCCUCCUCAUCUCUUAUACUGUCAUCCUGGUAAUGCUCAGGUCCCACUCAGGGCAGGCGAGGAGGAAGGCAGCUUCCACCUGUACCACGCACAUCAUUGUGGUGUCCAUGAUCUUCAUUCCCUGUAUCUAUAUCUACUCCAGACCCUUCACACCUUUUCCCUUAGACAAGGCUGUAUCCAUCAGCUACACAGUGAUGACUCCCAUGCUCAACCCCAUGAUCUACACUCUGAGGAACCAGGAGAUGCAGGCUGCCAUGAAGAGAUUAGCUCAACACUUCACAAAAGGCUGUAGGGAAUAG